AGUACAAUAUCGCGAGUAUGCAAACUCUUCGAUGCAUCCGCCGUGCGGUUACGGUUGCGGGCCCAGGUCCGUCACGUCUUGGAUUCACUUCCAGGAGUAUCACUGGGCCAACACCUCCUUCCACGCCAUGGUUCAUCGAUACUGAAGGUCCAGUUCAAUCAAUCACUAGGCAUACUCCUCCUCACCUCGCUCCAAAAACCCAUGAGCUUCCAGAAAACCUCUCUGCCGGGAUAAGGCAACUAUUUGUGCAGCUCAGUAAAUCUCCUUUGCUAGAGCCAUCGACUUUGAGUGUCCAACGACCUGUCGCCGCUCUUCCUGGUCCUCCAUUACCUCGAACAUUACCCAAGGGCCGCCGGAAACGCGGGCGCACAUACUCUGGAGAAGGUCUUGUGGAAGAGCCUGGAGGUAUAUGGGACUGGGUAGUCACUGCUCAAGUAAAAGAAGGCACUGAAAACCGAGGAUCGAUAGAAGCUGUCGUACGUCAAGUGCGAAAGACUCUAUUGUCUGUGGACCCACCGCUGCCCCUUGCACCCAAUUCUAAGCGGAGAAUGCUCAAUGGGUGGGCCAUGAUUGAUGCAGGCAAAUUUGCCGUACAUAUACUGAGCUGCGAUGCGCGGCGGAAAUAUUUCGAAAGAUCAGCUGCUGAGUGGUAGUUUGUGGCAACCACUACGACAAAUUAUGAUACAUCCCCACUUUAGUGGGAAGACUGCACUGACGUCGAGACAUGUAUUCACCGAUUUGCGCCACGCUAUCGCACGCUCUCCAACAGGCUCUCUCAUCGAAAAACGUGUAAUGCACUCGCUAAUCAUGUUCGGCAACGUGUACUGUCUCUAUUUCAUGCUGGAGACGUUUUGAUGGCGUUGACUACAUCUUGUAAUGGGUCAAAAUUACUGUCCACUAUGUGCAUGAAAAAUAAUUCUAUGUAUUUUGACAAAAAUGGCAAAUAUUCGAGAUAAAGUAUAUAUCAAAGUUCCCAUGAAGUUCCCAUGGUUGUUAU